AUGCAGCUUAGAAAGUGUUUAGGCGGCAGCUUGCUGGCCGCAACAGCGUUGGCGCAGUCAUCAGUGACAUCAGCAGAUCAACCAGUGAUCUCGGUCUUCAUGAUUGGUGGCAUGGGAGAAGCGUCAGGAGAGAUCACGACCAAUCUAUAUGCAUCCAUUGUGGAUAAUGAUGCGACGGCCACGACAAUGGAAAUUGGAUGCGACGACACCGGUCUCACGGACGGAGAGCUCUGCAAUCUUUUCUCAGGCUUCACAAUCAUAAAUGGACCAUCGACGUUCGAAGGCGGAUACAGCUACAGCGGGGCCUACGGCGGUAAUGCCAUGACAAUGGGUUGUGAGAUAACUGCAAGUACUACAGCCGUGUGCAGUCAAACGGUCGUCGCGGACCAGGGUUUUGGCGAUUUCGAAUCAGAUGCGCAGAGCAACACUGCUCCGGGUCCCGAAACGACGUCGUUGACCACCGAUAUUCCUUCUUCGGAUAUCACCUAUUACCCAAUCACCAUCACGGCCGGAGCACUAAAAACUGGGGGAGAGUCUGGGGAAAGUGGAGGUGCAGUAAGCUCUACCACGGGAGCGAGCGCUUCUCAAACCUCGUCAAGCUCAGACAACUCAAGCGACGGGAAUCGUGCGGUGAUGGCCAUGUCAGGGGGCCUGACUGCCCUGAUUGCGGCUGUGAUGGUAGCCCUGUAG